CACUCACUCACGCCGGGCUCUCAGCACAUACACCCUGAGCUGAGCGGUUCUGCCGGCUGCAGCCGUGGGCCCCUGCUCACCGUGCGGCUGCCACUGCCUGCGAAAUGACGGCGGUUCCCCUCACUUCCAGGAAUCCACGCUUCCUGGAAGGUGAGUGGCUGGGCUCACCCCUGCCUGCCACCGAGACGCAGACAUGCACACACCACCCGCACUCCCUCGCCGUUUCCAAGGCGGCGGCCGCGUUCGCACCCCAGGGUCUCACCGGCAAGGGAAGGAUAAUCUGGAGAGGGAUCCCUCAGGAGGGUGUGUUCCGGAUUUCUUGCCUCAGGCCCAGGACUCCAACCAUUUUAUAAUGGAAUCUUUAUUUUGUGAAAGUAGCGGGGACUCAUCUCUGGAGAAGGAGUUCCUCGGGGCCCCGGUGGGGCCCUCGGUGAGCACCCCAAAUAGCCAGCACUCUUCGCCCAGCCGCUCCCUCAGUGCCAACUCCAUCAAGGUGGAGAUGUACAGUGAUGAGGAGUCCAGCAGACUGCUGGGGCCAGACGAACGGCUCCUGGACAAGGACGACAGUGUCAUUGUGGAGGAUUCAUUGUCAGAGCCCUUGGGCUACUGCGAUGGAAGUGGACCAGAACCUCACUCCCCUGGUGGCAUCCGGCUACCCAACGGCAAGCUCAAGUGUGACGUCUGUGGCAUGGUCUGUAUCGGACCCAAUGUGCUCAUGGUACACAAGCGUAGCCACACGGGGGAAAGGCCCUUCCACUGCAAUCAGUGCGGAGCCUCCUUCACGCAGAAGGGGAACCUGCUUCGCCACAUCAAGCUGCACUCUGGGGAGAAACCCUUCAAAUGCCCCUUCUGCAACUACGCCUGCCGUAGACGCGACGCCCUCACCGGCCACCUCCGCACCCACUCAGUCUCUUCUCCCACAGUGGGCAAACCCUACAAAUGCAACUGCUGUGGCCGGAGCUACAAACAGCAGAGCACCUUGGAGGAGCACAAGGAGCGUUGUCACAACUACCUACAAGGUCUCAACACUGAAGCCCAAGCUUUGACUGGCCAGCCAGGUGAUGAAAUGCGUGACCUGGAGAUGGUGCCUGACUCAAUGCUGCACUCAUCAUCUGAGCGGCCAACUUUCAUUGACCGCUUGACCAACAGCCUCACCAAACGCAAGCGUUCCACCCCGCAGAAGUUCGUGGGUGAAAAGCAGAUGCGCUUCAGCCUCUCGGACCUCCCGUACGAUGUGAACCCCGGCGGUGGCUAUGAAAAGGAUGUGGAGUUGGUGGCGCACCACGGCCUGGAGCCCGGUUUUGGAGGUUCUCUAGCCUUUGUGGGCACAGAGCAUCUGCGCCCCCUCCGCCUCCCACCCACCAACUGCAUCUCGGAACUCACACCUGUCAUCAGCUCUGUGUACACCCAGAUGCAGCCCCUUCCCAGCCGACUGGAGCUUCCGGGCUCCCGAGAAGCAGGUGAGGGACCCGAGGACCUGGGAGAUGGAGGUCCCCUUCUCUAUCGGGCCCGAGGCUCUCUCACUGACCCCGGGGCCUCCCCCAGCAAUGGGUGUCAGGACUCCACAGACACAGAGAGCAACCACGAAGAUCGGAUUGGCGGGGUGGUAUCCCUCCCUCAGGGUCCCCCACCUCAACCUCCUCCCACCAUCAUGGUGGGCCGGCACAGUCCCGCCUAUGCCAAAGAGGACCCCAAGCCACAGGAGGGGUUAUUGCGGGUCACCCCAGGCCCCUCCAAGGAAGUGCUCCGGGUGGUGGGUGAGGGGGGCGAGCCGGUGAAGGCCUUUAAGUGUGAACACUGCCGCAUCCUCUUCCUGGACCAUGUCAUGUUCACCAUCCACAUGGGCUGCCACGGCUUCAGGGACCCCUUCGAGUGUAACAUCUGUGGUUAUCACAGCCAGGACCGGUACGAGUUCUCUUCCCACAUUGUCCGCGGGGAGCAUAAGGUGGGCUAGCGGCCCCUCUCUCCUCGCCUGUCCUCAGCCCAGCGCUCCACCUACAGGUGUCUAACCCAAACCCCAAUACACCCCAAGGAGUUUUGCAUUGUAGACCCCAUCCACUGGCCACCUCGCUUCACACUGGGCUCUGACCCUCUUCGCCCGUCCGUCCGUCCGUCCGUCCGCUUCCUUCUACCCUGACUUAUGUAAGCGCUGGGACUGAUGUAAGCACUGCUUACAUCUCUCGUCCUAAAGCUCUCUUUUCCCAGCACAUUUGCUGUAUACUAAUGACUUUCCCUUGGCCUUUUUACAUUGGCCGACAUCUCUGGCCACCCCUCCACUCUCCUGCCCAUGGCUCCUUUCCUCUCUAAGCCUAGAUUUUUUUUUCCCCCUUCCCUGUGGAUCCCACACCCUCUAACAGCCCCAGGGGCCAGAAGCGCCUCCUCUUUGUAGACACUGAGCCUCUCGCUUUUAUGUCUCACCUUUAUUUAUCUGAUUCUUCACUUUUGAUGCUGAUACCUCCCAAUGGCCCCACCUGAGCUCUGUGGCAUUAUUAUCUCCUCUCUGGGACCCUUCAACCUGGUACUCCAUACCUCUCAUGCCCUCUCACUUUAGGCAGCUUGCACUAUCUUAAAUGAAUGAAGAAAUUCCUCGUUGCAAGUAGGAGGGGGCUGUAGGAACUGUCCCCAGGACCUGUGGGCUGAGGGUCCUCCUGACCUCACUGGGAAUACAAGCCCCCUAAGGCCUCCGUUCAGGAUCUCCCUCCAGGAUGCUUUUCCCUCUCCCUGGUUCACCCCUCAACGCCCUGCCACUCCCUCGGUGGUGGUUUCUCUCUUCCUGGACUGCCCCCCAUCUUAUAUUCUCAGGGGCUGAAGCUAGGCCUGUAGCCUUGUCUGGCACACCCAGAGCUGCAGGCGUCUAGCCGAGAACCAGGGCACGGGAAAGGGGGUGGGUAGAAAUCUCUCCUCCUCCACCUUUCAAACUUUUUUCACUCCAGUGACCUUCCUAGGCUCUCAGGGACUCCUCCUGUCCCCGAACCACGAGAAACUGGCGGGUUGCUGCCCAAUGACCAGGGGCAUAUCAGUCCCAUCGGUCACGCUGCCUUCCCCCUCCCUUCCAGCAGGAUCCACCGUCUCAUUCCCGGGCUCCCGGGCCCUGUGAUUAUCAGUGGCAGGGAGACAGGAAUGUCUCUUUUCUCUCCGCUAAUUUUCAGUAUAACCAAAAAUUGUCCCAGGAUGAAUGACAUGUAUCAUGUAUGUGCCCGUCGACCAUUCCACCCUUGUCCCAGCGAGACUGGGAUGGACGCGACUGACUGGGAGUCACCCCUCACUGGCUUUGCAUACUUGCCCCAGAACACAGGGCAGGAGGGUGCGUCCUUCUCUGGUGGUUGCAGAGACCCUGGCUAUUUGGAUAAUCUAGUAUUUGCGCGGGAGACUAUGCAGGAGAAGGCAUAGUCCCGCCGCAUGUGGAGGUCUCUCUCUCUAUAAAGCGUUCCCGGCCAAGGCCACAGUCGCCCCACUCUGCUUCUCUGAGAUUCAAACCAAAGGCUGUUUUUCUAUGUUUAAAGAAAAUAAGGAAAAAAAAAAAGUAGAAACCAAACACAGCACCUCAUAAGUUACAAGUGUUGGUCUUCUCUCUUCCUUUCCUUUUCCUUCCAUCUCCACAGGCCCUUUCUUUGUUGGCUCUCUUGCCUCUCUGGUCCUCACUCCCUGUUAGGGAUUUCGAGAGGCAUGAAAGGGUGGGCUGGCUCAGAUCCUGGGACUGGGGCUGUUAAGCCUUCUGGGGAGUCUGCUUUCCCCUCUCACGAGAAGGGCAGGGCCAGAACACUUUCUUCUCCUCCUUCUCCUGCAUUACGUGGCUUCCCAGAAGGACGGCAUUGGCAGGGAGGAGCUCUGUGGGUUGGUUCCUCCUCCUUGACGAUGGAUGGAGCAACACACAGGUGCUGUCAAGGGUGGAGAAUGGGGUACGGGCUCCCGAGGGAGCAGUCCCAAGAGAAGGGAAGGGUCUUGGAGACAGAACUAACUCCUAGGGAAGGCAGCGGAGCUGAGGUUAGUGUGUAUGCUCCUCCUGAGCUACUCUGGCUACCUACCGAGCCUCGUCUGGGCCUGCCACGUCUCUGGCAUACCUGAGAAGGACCAGCUCCUCUGAGCCUUUGAGUGUCCCAUGUCUCCCUUCCUUUAGUCAGCCUUAGCACCUGUAAACCCCCCCCCAGAACCCGAAGGACUAUGCUCGGAGGCUAUCCUACGUGCCCACAAGAGCACAGAUGGAGGAAGGACAAGACCAGGUGCUAGGGUGGAGAGGCGUCCUGUCUCCCUCCAGCCCAUCACUGCACUUUAACCAGGGUCUUAGGUACAAAAUCCUACUCUUCAGAGACCUCCAGCUCUGGAACCUCAAACAUCCUCACACUCUCUCCCAGCUCCUUUUGCAUAAAAAAUAAAAUAAGUAAAGAAAAAGAAGAAAACUCAACAACGACAAAGCAAAACACCAAAACCCAUACAGAGAAAAGAGGUGUUUUCUUUUUUAUUACUAUUUAAAGACAACACCACAAAAACCAGUAGGGGGAAGGGAGAGAUUUUUUAAAUAGACACUUUUCCAGACCUUUGUGUAUGUGUGUGUCAGUGUCCAAGCUGCAGGUGGAAUUUUGUAAUACUUCUGGCAGCUUCUUUCCUUGUGUAAAUAAUAUAUAUAUAUAUAUAUUUUUAAUCAGAAAUUAUGAAGAUCAAAAAUAAAAUAAACACAGAAGCAAGUGCAAUAUCACCUCUCCUCCUCCCCCAGGGUUUCUUUGUAGCCUGUUUGGUGUCCCUUUUGACCUUUGCCCCUUCACCUCUUUUCUUGUCCUCUGGCUCCUAACCUACCCCUCCCUUCCCUCUUUUUAAUGAGUUUUUCUCCUUCCUCAAACGGAGUUAAACCAGCUUUUGAGACUUCCUGCAAAGCGUUUUGUAUAUGUAACAUACUGUAAGUAAAUAUUUGUGUAAUGGAGAAAUACUACUGUAAGUUUUGUACUGUACUGGCUGAAGGUCUGUUAUAAAUAAACAUGAGUAAUUUAA